AUGUUGAUUGGCAUGAAAUAUUCUGCUCCCAAAGCAAUUGUAAUCUCUCUACAUUUUCCCAAGUCACGAUCCCCAUACAUUGGUACACAUUUCCAUGUGGAGUGCUACGAAGGGGAUGGUCCGUGGAAGCACCUUUUACAGCCCGCCGAGUGUUGGUGUUCAAAACUUCUAACUGGGAAGAAGAAGUGCGCCACAACAGCUCGCCACCACGGCAUGCCGAGGACAUUCGAAGUUCCAAUGUCGAUAAUGGGAAUUCACAACCACAAGCGUAUAUUGAAUAGAGGAAUUUUCAUUUUUGUGCCAAAUCGCAUUUACUUCAUCAAUAACCGUGAGUUUCUCCUUACUCGCAGAACAUGCGUGUAUUUUGACACAACAGCCAAUACCUUUCCAAAAAAAAAAAAAAAACACAUGUACGAUGGUAGGAACCAAGUGUUCGCAUUUAUGCACCAUCAAAACCUCUUAUUCAGUAGAAAUAAAAAGUUUGAAGGAAACGAAAAGAAAGAACCAAAUCCCUUUUGA